GAUAUUGGAACACAGCAAGCAUUACUUCAAGAAAUAUAUUCAUUAGUUUCAAAACGUCCAGAUACGGCUUGUAAUUUUCUCGAAGGAAGUCAAAUGCUCGGUGGAAAGGAUACUCGUGUUAUUUAUAGGCAUUAUGCAACUUUGUAUUUCGUUUUUGUGGUUGACGAAAGUGAAAGCGAAUUAGGAAUUUUGGAUUUAAUUCAGGUGUUCGUGGAAAGUUUGGAUCGAUGUUUUGAAAACGUGUGUGAACUUGACUUGGUUCAUAAUAUUCUUUCAGAAGUAAUUUCAGGAGGAAUGGUGCUGGAAACAAACAUAUCAGAAAUAGUAUCUUCGUACAAUGAAGCAAAUAAACUUAAGAAACGAUCUGGAACGAUAGCAACAAUUUCAGGAAGUGGUGCUGGCGCUGUUGCUCGUGAUCUGGGUGCUAACCUCGCAAAUACUGUCACGUCUACUUUACAAAAUACUGUUAGUGCAACUUUCCCUACGUUUAGAAGAAAUACUGGAUUCAAUACAUAG